CUGUCAUUCACACGCAUUAAAAACGGGGAGCGACAGUAUAUUGGUAUGUGGAGAUACCCAGAGGACACAAUGAUGAAGCGUUGCCAGUCUGGCAUGCUACUAAAUAUUUAGAUGAGGGCUAUUUUAAUGGAUGGUAAAAACGGACAACAGCCGUGAGCACCUACUAUUGUGAAGUUUUUUUUAGUAACUGUCAUACAGACUUGAUCACCCCCACCUCCCCAAAUCGUGUCGUACUUCCAGCCAAACAACGCCGCAUAUUUCACUAUCUGAUCUCCUUAAAGAUGUCAGCAGCAGGGAUUAGUCUAUCUUCAAAUAUAACCGAUGCUAGAUGAAGAACUCCUGUCUUCACUCACUUUCUGCACAAUGGGGUUUAGUUUAAUCUGGGCGGCUGUGUUAAGCCACAAAAACUUUCUUACCACUAUGCAUAGUGGAUAGCAAACAGUAAUUUAAAGUUUACAUUCUAUUUAAUUUGACUUAAAAAUUAUUUAUUAAAGUAUUUUCAUACCUCAUUUUGUAUAUGUAAUUAAGAUUUAUUUUUUUAAGUUAAGUGCCAUUUCAGGGUGUGAAAAAUGGAAUCGACAACGGCAUUAGUAGAGCUGCUAACUAGCACAGUAACUAACCCUGCCACUGGCCCUUUGAAAGAUUAUCUUUGGAUGCUUGUGCUGGGUUUCAUCAUUGCUUUUGUCCUAGCAUUUUCAGUGGGUGCCAAUGAUGUAGCUAACUCAUUUGGGACAGCUGUGGGGUCAGGGGUUGUGACUAUGAGACAGGCUUGCAUCCUGGCAUCCAUUUUUGAAACACUGGGCGCAGUAUUGCUGGGUGCGAAAGUGAGUGAAACAAUACGGAAGGGAAUAAUUGAUGUUACGAUGUACAACUCCACCCAACAGUUGCUGAUGGCUGGCUCUGUUAGUGCCAUGUUCGGUUCUGCUGUUUGGCAGUUAAUUGCUUCAUUUUUGAAGUUGCCCAUUUCUGGAACCCACUGUAUUGUUGGUGCCACCAUUGGAUUCUCCCUUGUUGCCAAAGGGCAAAGAGGAGUUGACUGGAUGCAACUACUGAAAAUCGUGGCAUCUUGGUUUAUCUCACCUCUGCUGUCUGGCAUCAUGUCUGCAGUUCUGUUUGUUUUUGUCCGUAUGUUUAUUCUUCGUAAGGAAGACCCUGUUCCUAAUGGUCUGCGUGCACUGCCAGUCUUUUACGCUUGUACUAUAGCAAUCAAUGUGUUCUCCAUAAUUUACUCAGGAUCAUCUUUGCUUGGAUUUGGCGCUAUUCCCUGGUGGUGUUCUCUUCUCAUUGCAUUGGGAAGUGCUUGCAUCACUGCCUUCAUUGUCUGGGUUUUUGUUUGUCCUAGAAUGAAAAGAAAAAUUGAACGGGAAAUCAAAUGUAGCCCCUCUAAAAGUCCCCUUAUGGAAAAAAACACUCAAGAUGUAUCGUGCGAAAUGGUAAAACAUGAUUCUGAAGACUCAAAGACCCUACUUGUGAAUGGAAUAUGUGCUGAGAGUAAGGCUCCAGUCACGGAACGUGUAUCUGUAGUACCUGUGAAGCCAGUCAAGAAAGAAAGAACAGUCUCCUUUAGUCUUGGAGAUUCUGAGGAUGCCAUUGAUGAGAGAGGGUCUACUGGAGAGCUGAAAGAAACUUGUCUGAACAAUGAAAUAAAUGGAACAGUUCCUUUACCCAAUGGAAACCAUGUUAAAUUCAAUCCCAUCACAGAUACCCAUGUUGUUUCCAACGGCUUCAGUCAGUACCACACUGUGCAUAAAGAUUCUGGCCUCUACAAAGACCUUUUGCAUAAACUGCAUUUGGCAAGAGUGGGAGACUGCAUGGGUGACUCGAAUGAAAAACCUCUGAGGCGUAAUAACAGCUAUACAUCUUACACCAUGGCAAUCUGUGGCAUGCCUCUUGAUUCCUUAAAACCUAAAGAAGGUGAGAAGAUGGAAGAGGCUGAGAAACCUGCUGACUUGAAGAAAAGAAUUAGAAUGGACAGUUAUACCAGUUACUGCAAUGCCGUUGCUGAUUCUACUCCUGUUCCAGAUAUGGAAGUGGAUAAAGGAAAACUGGAGAUGGACAUCGGUGUCCGGAAUGGCAGUGAUGUGUCACUAGAGGAAUGGAGGGAGCAGGAUAAACCAGAAGUCUCACUUCUCUUUCAGUUUCUUCAAAUCCUGACAGCAUGCUUUGGAUCAUUUGCUCAUGGUGGCAAUGAUGUCAGCAAUGCAAUUGGUCCGCUUAUAGCGCUCUAUCUCGUAUAUCAAAGUGGCAGUGUUUCUACAGCAGCAGCCACACCCAUCUGGCUAUUGUUAUAUGGCGGAGUGGGCAUUUGUAUUGGAUUGUGGGUCUGGGGAAGACGUGUUAUCCAAACAAUGGGAAAGGAUCUCACUCCUAUUACACCUUCCAGUGGUUUCAGUAUCGAGCUUGCAUCUGCAGUGACUGUAGUGAUGGCCUCCAAUGCUGGACUUCCCAUCAGUACAACUCAUUGUAAGGUUGGGUCAGUUGUGUCAGUUGGCUGGCUGCGUUCAAGAAAAGCUGUUGACUGGAGACUGUUUAGGAACAUCUUUCUGGCUUGGUUUGUCACAGUCCCCAUCUCUGGUCUCAUCAGUGCUGCUAUUAUGGCCCUGUUCAAACAUGCAAUACUGCGAGUGUGAGGAUCAGUGUGUUCUGAGAUGUUUGAAAGAAGUUACUUCCUUUAGCCCAUUUGCUGCUGCUCACCAUGUAGACGAAGCCACUGGAGCCUUUUGACCAUAUGUGGACAUUUGAUCUAAAUGUUCUUUGUAAACAUUGGUUCAUUGCUAAUUGUUUAGCUUGAGCUUCCAACAUCUUUGUUUCAUUUGUCAGAUGUUUUUAACUUCAGCAAUGGUCUUGUUUCCAGCUGUGUACAGAAUUUUUGUAAUGUAGAUUUUGUACUAAAAUCUGAUCCUGUUAUAAAAUUCAUGCACAUUUUUAAAAUGCAGUUUUAAGUGGUGCAAGGCUGAAAGCAAAUUGAAUGGUGCUGAAGACUCCGUUUCACACAAGUACCAAAGCUGUGAGUUGCUUCUUUUGGAGCAGGUUUUACCAUUCACUUACUGAGCACUGGUUCAGAUUGAGUAGCAAUGUCAGCACAUGACUUUGUCUCUGUGAAGCCCAGAUUGUAUGACCAAAGUUGUCCAUUGACCAUAUUUCCGUCACGUCAUGAUCUGAAGCAUUUCUGCUUGUGUUGGUCCAGAAGGAUAGUGCCAGUAGCCAAGUGAAGAUAACAGGAUCGCUUUCAGAUGUAUCCUAUGCUUCACAUCUUUAUUUUUUUGGGCAAUGCCUGAUCUAUGAGUCAGGGGCCAAAUACUCUUCUUGAAAUUUAAACUAAGGUGUACAGUAGUACAUGCUGUUAGUCUUCCAUGGAACUGGAGUAAAGAUAGGAUUAAAUAAAGCCUACAAAACUGU